AUGGCUCACAUCGCAAGCUGUAUGCUCGAUGAAGGCGAUUCUGCCAACCCGCCGUAUAUAGCGAAGCCGCUCUCCCCACUACCCCCAAUGGACUCGACAUCACAAGGUCCACCACCAUCAUCAACAGAUCACAAGCCCUUUGUGUGGAGGAUGCACCAUCCGGAUACCCGCAAGUAUCAGCUCUUCCCAAAGGAUCGCCAGCAACGGCCACCGAACAAGAGCCUUGACCCCGAGCAAGCCUUCGCCCUCGCCAUGGGACAGAACGACAAGACCGAGAAGCCCUGCAGCAGCAGCGGCUCACUCCGGCUACGCAUCAAGGAACACAAUCUCAUCAGACGGCGCAAAGUGAGCAUUCCUGAAUUAGGCCCCAUGACGACGGUCCAAGAGGUUCCCAUGGAUUCACAUACAGCCACUAUUCCGGGACGCCCACCGCUUCACGAAAGAUCUAUUAGCGCACCAGGACAUCACAUUAAGCAGCACAAGUCGAACGGGUCCGUCUCAUCGAUAGCCGCAGCCGACGCCGAUAGAUCUGGUUGCACCACUCCUGCCCGCUCACCGGACCGACACCAACGAUCCACCUCUGAGAGCCAGACUCCCCGCCAACCCGCCUCACCGAAGCAACUGGCGCCUCUCGUCAUUCCCACUCACAUCGGCAACGUACCGCGUCUUGCCAGACAAAUCUCCCACAACCGCAUGCGAUCCGGCAGCACUGGUCAAGACUCUUCUCAGCACUCCGCCCGCGCCGACGAUUCGCCUAGGUCACUUGCUCGAACUCCGUAUACGCCUUUGACCGCCUCUACGGCCCUCACGACUCCCUUAUCCGCCUGCCCAACUUUCAUGUCCGCCACAACUCCCGUGUCUGCUCCCAUCAUGGAGGAACGUGGCUCGACGAAGCCUUGGGAGAUGAACUACAACCAAGACGCAUCCACUCCCGUCCAGCUAAAGAGCGAUAACUUUGCGUCACCUAGUACCGAUAGCACUCAAAGGCCGUUUGUUCACAGCCACAGAAGGGGCCAGUCCGAGUCAGGCAGCAUUAUGGACCGUGGGCGGCCGAGGAAGCGAAGUGAAUCACGAACUAACAACGGUCUUCUCCCCAAGCGAAGCUGCUCAACAAGGAAUAAGAGCGCUGAACGCCGGGCGUUUGAAGAGCUUCCUACUGGAUGGCGAGCCGGCGAGGCACCCAGCCAUAUUGAGCAAGACGAUCUGGUAGCUCUGCAAAAGCAGGCUUUUGGACAGGCCUCACGAUUUGAGGUGCUGAGGAAGGAGGAUGUGGAGCUCCUUUCAAGGGAACUCCGUCAGCUUGAUGAGCGCACCGAAUAUCUCCGCCGUACCUACAACUCUCUGCGAGCUGGUCGGCGCAAUCUGCACUCUCGCAUCUGCCAAUACCUCCGUUCUCCUCGUACGGCUAGGUUUAGCACAGACUCGAUGCUUAAGCAAGAGGAAGCUCUCGCUGAGCUCGACACGUCAAUCGACGACUGGGUGAACAAGCUGGAACAGGCUGAGAACCGUCGCACACGGGUACGCCAAAAGCUUCUGGAACACGUCGCUGCUGCAGCUACCCUCCCCACUCCCGCCGCGACGGCCGCGAGCGAGUCAUUGCAACUCGCCAUGGGCAUCCGCCCGCCUCCACCAGUGGGUGUUGGAAACAUCUCCACUCCUCCUCGAAGCCCCACCAAGAACUCCUUCUCUUCGCACACUGCCAGCAGCUCCCCUUCACCACAACGGGUCGUUGCCCAGGUCCCCAGCACCAUCGUUGAGCAACCCGUGAUCGAGGAGUGCCCCGUUGCCUCUGUCGAUAAGCACGUCUCUUCCUUCAGUCACCGUCGCACCGGCAUGGAAAGCAUCCGCAUCUACGCCGACAGCGACGUGUACGCUCUUCUGGCCGAUGUAGAGAAUGAAAUCACCAAGAUGAGCGCCGCGGCAAAUCAGACUGAGGCCACUGCGGCCUUGUCGGAUGACGAGCAGAAGGAGAUCCAUCGGGCACGUAGCCAUGAGGCUCUCAGUGGGCUCGCAAAUGAGAAGCCCACCGACGCCAAGGACACCAUCCCGUCUCCUCGCGCGCCUUCCCCUCCAGCCAAGGAUAGCCCGGCAGACGGCGAAGCCAUCUUCCUCACUAGUGCCGUCUUCCGAGGCUAA